CCGGAGCCAAAUUGCCAUUGUCAAAAUGAUAAAGCUAGUGUUAGUCGUGUGUUUCGCAGCUGCUGCUUUAGCUGCAGCUAUCGAAAAAGAAGUUAUCCCAAUUGUGAGUCAGGAGAGUGAAGUUGACUACAGUGGAAAAUUUCACUACAGUUAUGAGUCCGGGGACGGAACCAAAGCCCAAGAAAUCGGGGAGUUGAAGAGUUUUGACAAGGACAACGCUGGAGAGGUUGUCAGUGGUGAUUUCCAAUACACUGGGGACGAUGGUAAAACCUAUAAAGUUGCCUACACUGCUGACGAGAACGGAUAUCAUCCGCAAGGAGAGCACAUCCCCCAAGUCCCGCCACUGAUUGCCCGUGCUUUGGAUUAUCUGGCGACGGCGCCGCCCCCGAAAGAUGGGAAAUACUAGACUUGUUACGCAUUUUUAACUGAUUGUGAUUUGUAAAAUAAAUAAACAUUUUGAACGGU